GCUCUUCGAUUUCUCAUUCCCUCAAUUAAUCCAGGCGCUGAUGUCAGACACUGACAUCCUUCACAAAUUCCGGACGUCCUUUGUUCUAUUUAGCAUAUUUACGGUUGUUCUCCUGGAGUAAAAGGUUACGAAAGGAUUUAAGUACGUACUUAAUUUCGUGAGUCAAUGGUAGGAAGCCAACCCUGCAUUAUAUUGGCUUUUAUACUGACCUUGAGAGAGUACUUGCCUGAUAGCACACUCAGGACGUCACUACGUGUUGUGGGCGGCACCAUCUUGUGGCGUGCAGAGGAAACGCCAUUGCUUUAAAACCCGGAACUAAAAGUGCCGAGGUCGUCAUGGGGAGCAAAGUCAGCUCCAAAAUGGCUGCUCCCACCGCUAGAGUUAUUCAGGUAGUGCGGCCUCAUGCGCCCAUGAUCAAGUUUCCCAGCAGACAAGGAAUCCCUAAACCUAAUGCCCAAGAAGGAUUGAAAACUUUAUUAGUCAACUUCUCGCAACCCAACAGCCCCAGUUCGGCAUCGCCGCCGCCACAAAUAACAAAUCGCAUAAGUCUCCCGCCCAUCGCGGGCACACCUGACACCUUAGCAUCGGUCCAGCUGCUACCUGCAAGGUACCGCCGCAGACCACUUGUGGUAGACGAGAUGGAUUAUAUUCAGCGUGGUGGACCAGAAUGAUGGGUCCCAGUAUAAUGACUGCAACCAAAGUACUUAUCUAUGGAGCUCAUCAUCCUGAUGUCUUUUCUCUUCUUGGCACAAAAAACUCGAGACGCAAUGUAGAAUAAAAUAUUUUACAAAUCCUCUCAUGUACAUAUUUUUUUAUUUUUCAGGAUGUUUGUUUUGAUGAGCUUUUGAAGGACAUUCUGAUGAACAGUGGAUGUUCUCUUGCAUUGACAUAUUGCAGCAGACUGCUGCUUUUCUUUUUUUUUUUUCUGGGCUUCUGUUGACUAACAUGUGUGGCAUUUAACAACACUGAGAUGUUUGGUGUUUGUAUCAAUGUUGUGUUCAAGUCAUUAAAGCAAUAUUCUAUUCUA